UUUACAGGAAAAUGCGAGAACGUUUCGCUCCAGGCCACUUGUCGAUGUGGACCCAAAGUGCCUCUUGUACGUUCAGCAGAGAGAGUUAGCAGCAACAACACCAGCAGACAACUGUGUUUCAGUCCUUGGAUCGGAUGAUGCUACGACCUGCCAUGUGGUCGUCCUACGACACACCGGUAGUGGAGCUGUUUGCCUUGCUCACUGUGACGGCUCCAACACCUGGUCUGAAGUCCUGCUCAUUGUAAAAGCUGUGGCGUUGCUGAGUAAAGUCUGUAAAGAGGGCAGAUUUGAGCUCCAUCUUGUCGGAGGAUUUAAUGAUGAUGCAAAAACGUCUCACAAACUCAGCUUUAACAUACUGGCAGCAUUUCAGAAACAGAGGGAGGAAAUUCACCUGGAAACUUGUUGCAUCACAGAGAUGAACGACAUGGUUGAAAAUGGAAUUCAUAGACCCGUUCUUUAUGGAAUAGGUGUAAAUGUUAAAACAGGGGAAGUGUUUCCUGCCUCCUUCCCUCAUAAAGGACCUGCAGAAGAGCUGCGAUCUGCACGCACUUUCUCUGGAGGACCGAUGGCCGACAUAUACGACUCAAACCGUGGACUUGUUAAACUUGGCCCAUGCAAGUGGUCUCCUAAUAUGGACAUUGCCUUCUGGUUGUCACAGAAUGAUGACACCAUUUUAAAGUACCUGUCUACGUCUCCGCUGGCUGAGCCGCCGCACUUUGUCCAGCACAUGAAGUCCACCAUCCAGUUCCUUUUGGCGCACCCGUACUCGGACAUCCUGUUUCCAGACAGUCAGCCGCAGCUCUACCGCAGGAGCCAGGAUGGGGACUGGGAGAGGCUUGUCCAAUCAUAGACUCUUUAUCGCUGAUUUAUCUUGUUUCUUUUUGCCUAUUUCUGCCUCUCAGCUUGAUGGGAAAACACUGUGACCCUCAGAUCCACCGUCUGUUUCGUCAUGUUCUGGUUCUGUGUUUCUAACGGUCAUUUCCACUCCUGUAAGUUCGGAAGUUUGCACCUUACGCCGCCUGCUACGUCGAUGUUAUUUAUUACCUGUUUUGAUUUAUAAUGAUCAGURUAAAACAACUUUCUUAUUUUGUGUGAAACCUAACUCUUUUUGCUUCAUAAACAUUGACUGCCUAAACAUGUCCAAAGCAAAAGUUCAGUGUUUAUUAGUGCGUCAGAAAAAAACGUGCUUGAUCUCUGAUUGUGAGCUACUCUUGUGCCAAAAUGAUCAGACUCUGAAAAUACUUUAAGCAAAUAUGAUUUUAGUAACAUCAUCAGUGUAUUACAGACAACACYGUGCAGUAAAAGGUGAUUGCAGCCUUUUAAUAUUUAGAGAGCCAAACUGAAAAGUGUGCAUUUAUUGAAAAACCUUAAAAUACACAGGUAUGGAAUAAUUAUGGGUUGUCAGAAAAUUUGAUGUUUAAAACAUGACAAAUAUCUGAAAAUUGUAAAAGUGUUUGUGUGUAAAUGCACCUUAAAAAGAGUUUCAUGUAAUUUAUUUAUCACAUACUGUACUUGCUGCUGUCUAUAAAAUCUUAGCUUCAGAAAACACGUGUUCUGAUCACAUUCUUUUAUAAGGGGUGCUGAAGAGUCUUGUUUAAUGCAAUCCAGUUCAGUUUUAACAGGUUGAGUWAUUGUAAACCAGCUAAAAUCUGAASAAAUGGCCUUCUUCACAAGUUGUGUAAUUGUAGAGGCUGCAAUGUGCUUUAGGUGUUUGGUGAAAUGUGUUGCAACUUGUGAGCAUGCUGGUUGCAAAAUAAAUGUAAAUCAGUAAAAGUU